AUGGUCUACACCAUCGUCGUUCACCUUUACGCCAAGGAGGGCAAGGAGGUCGAGGAGAAGCUCCGCAACAAGCUGAUCGAGGCCUCGCAAGUCUACUCCAAGGACAAGGAGACCAUCGGCUGGCACGUCAUGCAGGACCACAAGGACCCCCGCAAGUGGUGCAUCGUCGAGCGCUACGAGCACGAGAGCAGCCAGAAGUACCACCUGGAGAACCCCUACUGGAAGACCUUCGACCCUUAUGUCAUCCCCCUCCUGGACAAGGAGAUGGACCUCCGCCGCUUCCACGAGCUGGACACCAGCAAGCCCGUCACCGUUGUUUAA